AUGGUUCCGGUGCUGAUACCACCACCCGUCGUCAUGCCCAAGCCAAUUAAACGCAGACGCUUCCGUCUCAGGCGCUUCCUCACCCCCUCCGCAUCGCCACCUCCCGUGGAGACCGUUCCGGUGCUGGGACCGCCCAGCGUCGUAAUGCCCACACAAAUCAAGCGGAAACGCGGCCGUCCCAAGCGCAUCCUCACCCCGUCCGCACCGCCACCCGUGGAAAUGGCUUCGGUGAUGCGAUCGCCCAGCGUCGUCAUGCCCGGGCCGAUUGAACUCAGACACGGCCGUCCCAAGCGCUUCCUUCCCAACACCCCGUCGGCAUCGCCACCUCCCGUGAAGAUGGCCCCGGUGCUGAGACCGCCAAGCGUCCGCUUCCCCAUCCCGCCCGCACAACCUCCCGUGGAAAUGGUUCCAGUGCUGGGAUCGCCCAGCGUCGUUACGUCCCCGCCCAUGAAGCGGAAAGCCGGCCGCCCCAAGCGCUUCCUUACCCCGUCCGCGUCGCCACCUCCCGUGGAGAUGGUUCCGGUGUUGAGACUGCCCAGCGUCGUUCUGCCCGCGCUGAAACAGCGGAAGCGCGGCCGUCCCAAGCGCGCUCUCAUCCCGUCCGCACCACCACCCGUGGAAAUGGUUUCACUACUGAGACCGCCCAGUGUCCCCGUGGAAACGGUUUCACUGCUGAGACCACCCGGCGUCGUAAUGCCCACGCAAAUCAAGCGGAAACGCGGCCGUCCCAAGCGUUUUCCCACCCCUUCCGCAUCGCCACCUCCCGUGGAAAUGGUUUCACUGCCGCGACCGCCCAGCGUCGUCAAAUCUGCGCCGAUCAAGCGGGAACGCGGUUGGCCUGAGCGCGCCCUCAUCCCGUCCGCUGCAGCACCUCCCGUGAAAAUAGCGCCGGUGUCGGUCAACCGUGCUGUCCAACGACGCUACACGAAUUAUGAAUGCGCGGCGUGUAAUUCCCUCACCCUCUGCAAACCGGCGCUGCUGCAGCACAUCACCAGUCAGGAGCACCGCGAAAAGGUCACCAGCACGAUGGUGAAACACGAGCCGCUUCCUCACCAAGGACGUGGGGAAGAUGACGCAGCAUCUGCAGCGGCACAGCUGCCAUGA